CUUCCUGUUUAGUUGAAUGGCGCUUGCAGACUUUUCGUAUCGAUAGCUAGUAGUUAGCGAGGUAGUUUUUGUUUUCCUUAGCUAUCUGCAUUUAGAUACAUGUUUUAUUUUUGGCAUUUUUAAUUAUCCUUAUCCAUACUCAGAUGCACGCAAAGUGUUGUGAAGCUAGCUAACUUACGCCCCUUUAACGUUACUUACUAACUCUGCAUGUGUCGUUGUUUUCUUUGUACCUGCUCGUAUCUUAACGUUAGUCAGCUAGCAAAACAAAACAAAUUUAGAAAGCUAUAGCUGUAGUAGUCACACUAUUGUGGAGAUAAUCGUAUCACAAUGUCAAAAAGAAAAGUCACGUUUGGGGACGGCGAUGGUGGAGAGUUGUUGGAUGAGGACGUUCCAAAGAAAAAGUUAUGUGAGGACGUGGUUGGGCCGGGCUCCAGGUUCAAGGGGAAACAUUCUCUGGACAGUGACGAGGAGGAAGAUGAUGGAGAUAAGAGCAGCAAAUACAACAUAUUGGCCAGUGACGAUGUGGAAGGUCAGGAGGGGGCAACAAUUGACUGUGACGAGGGAGUUCCCAUCACACCCUUUAACCUGGAUGAGGAGAUGCAAGAAGGGCACUUUGACUCUGAAGGAAACUACUACGUCAAAAAGGAUGAAGAGAUCAGGGACAACUGGCUUGACAACAUUGACUGGGUGAAAAUAAGAGAGCAACCUACUAAACGAAAGAAGAAAGGUCUGGCAGCCAAGAGGAGGAGGAGAGUGGGGGAUGAAGAUGAGGCAGAAGAAGAGAAACAGCGAGAGGAGAAGCAGGCAGACAGUGACGAAGAGGAAGACAUGGAAGAGAAAAAGGAGCCAGUAGAAGACUCCCUGGUAUCCUUCAGCCAGCAUCAGCUCACAGAGGCUGUGUUGGAGCUGCUAUUACCUGGGGAGACUGUUGCCACAGGGCUUCGCCGGCUUGGAGGCCUGGGUGGGCGUAAGAAGGGAAAGCAGAGGGAAGAGAACGGGAAAGCAGAAGAAACAAAUAGGGAUACCGAAAAACUGGACAGGCUCACGGCACUUGCAGACAGACUGGUUGGGAGUGGGGUGUUUGAAAUAUACCAGCAGACGUAUGAAAAACUGGCCUACACACUGAAAGGGAAGAGCCAGCAGCAAUCAGUGGGGAGGAGUUUAAAUGGGGAGGAGGAAAAUGAGCUUGACAUGUUUGCAGACAAAAUUGACGAGAAGCACAGUGUCAAAGCUCCGGACAAAGAUGAUCAGGAUGAUGAGACAGUGAGUGAUGAGGUGAUGUGGGAGUAUAAAUGGGACACAGGAGAGAAUUCUGAACUCUACGGCCCCUUCAGCAGUCAGCAGAUGCAGGGCUGGGUGGAUGAGGGCUAUUUCAAAGAUGGUGUUUACUGCAGGAGGAUUGAACAGGGAAGCGCUCAGUUCUACAAUUCCAAGAGACUAGACUUUGAUCUUUACACAUGACCAUGAUCAUUUCUUGACUAAUAAUGUUAUGUAUUAUGUUGUUUCAUGUGGACCCCAGGAAGAGUAGCUGCUGUGUUUGCAGUGGCUAAUGAGGACCCUAAUAAAUACCAAUGAUAGUCUCUCGCUCACACCCACACACACAUCCACAUUCUCUAUCUGAUCUCUUAUUAUCUGAUCUCUUAUUGUAUGUAGCCUUCCUGUUUUAAAAUAAACAAAUUGGUAUUUUA